UGGUCCCCGAAAUGCCAACAUCAAGAUUAAUGUGUUUAAUUUAGACAAACAGAGAUGGUAGGGAGAAUUAAUAAAUAAAUAUGGGUCUUUGGCAACCUUUAUUAAGAGCCAGCUGGUUGUAGUAGUUAAGGCAUCAGGCUAAUAACUGGGAGACUAUGAGUUCUAGUUCUGCCAGUGGCAUAAAGACAGCUGUGUCAUCCUGGGCCAGCCUCUCUCUCUCUGUCCUAGGAAGAAGGUGAAGAUUUUGGAAAUCUUUCCAAGCAAACUGUGAAGACUUGUCUGUGCAGUUAACAUAUGUUUAUUACAAUGGAUGUCAUUUGUCCCAGCAGUAUUCUUAGAAGUGCUGUUUAGUACAGACUGAAUGCCCAAUUCCUUGGACGAAAAAAUCCAUAAUGGAUCCUAGCUGUGAUUACCACUUUCUUCACCGUGUUUUGGGGAAAACUGUACACAUCACAUUGAAAUGUGGCAUAUUCCAGGGGAUACUGCAACAUGUGGAUUCCAGUCAGUGUAUCUUUCUAAACAGAGUUAAGAAUUUGGAAAAUGGCAGGAAUGUACCUGGAAUAAAGAGGUUCUUUGGCCAUGAAAUUGUUAAUGUGGAAUUGCUUGAUGACCUGGAACAACCUGCUGCAGAAAGAAAUUUCACUCCUACUGGAUCCAGGGAAUUUCCACUUACUAAGUUAUCUGAAAUCGACCAAGGAUCACUGCUGGAUCAAAGCACCCAUAGAGCUAAUGUUGUUUCCCCAAUGAGCCAGCAACUCUGUUUGGAUGAAGAUAGCGGGGAAGACAUAGAAUAUAUUGUUAUUAAUCAAUUCCAGAAGACAUUUGGUUCUGCUAUGAUGCACAUCAAAAAUCAAAGUGUAUGUAGUAUAGCAGCAGAGGGUGUCAAUUUGUGUCGGCAUGGAAAACUUUCUUGGUUACAAGUUGCAACAAAACGUCAGGUUUUCUUAUUUGAUAUUUUUGUUUUGGGAGCUCAAGUGUUCAAGAAUGGACUACAAAUGAUACUGGAGGACCAGAAUAUUUUGAAAGUUAUCCAUGAUUGUCGUUGGCUUUCAGAUUGUCUUUCUCACCAGUAUGGAAUUGUGCUGUCCAAUGUCUUUGAUACACAGGUUGCUGAUGUAUUACAGUUCUCAAUGGAAACAGGUGGCUACCUUCCACAUAGGGUCAGCACUUUACAAGAGUGUUUAAUGCGAUAUUUGAGGCUGCCUGACAAAUGCGUUUCUUUUUUUGAAUACAAACAGCAAGCAAUGGAGGAAGAUCCUGAGGUCUGGUUUCUGCGACCCCUUCCACCUGUAUUGUUGAAUAUAUUAGCCCUGGAAACGGUGUAUCUCCUACCUCUCCGUUUGCUGCUGCUUGGUGAAAUUAUGUCUGAUUUAACAACAUUAGUGGAUAGUUACUUGAAUUCAUUUCGGCAAGGAUCUGCAGAUCCCCUGGGGAGCAUCAAGAUAUCUUCUAUGGAGUUACCAGAAGAGCUACGACAACUGGCAGAUCUUUAUAACCUCCGAAGACAAACUGCAGUGCAAAAGUUCCAGCUCAAUGAGGAAGGUUUCCUUAUCAGAGGAAUGGGGGCAAUAAGAAGAAAAAAGGCAGAGAAUGAACCAUAUCCUAAAACAUACUGUCCCGAUUCUGAUACUCGGGGCAAUUAUAAAAAAGAAGAUAUAUAUAACCAUGAUAACCAAAAGCCCAUAGUUAGCAAUGAUGAGAUAGACUCUAAAAUGGAAAGGGGACAUUUCAUGUAAACUGAUAUUGGAAGAGACUAAAACAAAGGGGAAAAUAACCACAAAGAAAGUUCAUUUUUUUCCAGAAAAAAAAUGAGGUAGCUCUUCUUCAGCUCUGAGAAGCUUCUUGGAUGAGAAGCGAAACAUCUUCAAAGAAAAAACAGAAAGUCCAGUUGCCUAUUGAAAAAAGCACCUUUGGGACAACCAUGACCUGGAUGACUGAGAAUUUCCAUAGAUACCAUAUCAAUUUUCUUUCUAUAAUCUAUUCUGUCUAAUUUUCAGAAAACAUGACAUGAGAUUUUUUUUCCUUCAGUAAAACAAUUUGAAAGUUCAGUUUAAAAUAAAACUUUAGAUUAAUUGUGAAAGUCUUUGUGUAGAAUGGAUAUAGUAAUAAAAUUGCUUAUUUCUAGGA